AUGGUAGACAUAAUUUUUACCAGAGCUGGGAAUUUAGCUCGCAUUAAAGUGGCGGUUCUUGACCCCAAAAAAAUUCCACAAACCCUUGAGGUGGUGUUUGGAAAAUAUUUGCAUGCCAUUUAUUUCAUUGUGGAGGAAGGGGAUGGAUCGGGAGCACAUUCUAGUGCAGACCAGGAUAAAGAUCCAAUGGAUGAAGAUGAUGAUCUUCUAAAAGUACCCGAGCAAUCUAAGCACAUGGACAAUCAGGUUAACGUUAUUGCAACCCAAUGUGCUGAUUUACCAUCAGAGGCGUGGUACAGGAAGCAAGCAGAGUGUAUUUUGGGUAAUGUAGUUGAUGUUGUGCUAGAUGAAAUAGCUUCACAUGUGAUGCAAGAGGAUGAUGCGGAGGUGAAUACAAGACUUCCAACAACCCCUUGCAAGAGAGUGUGGCCACAAACUCCGAUUAGAGGGAGCAAAAGGAGGGAAGCCACGGCUGAUGAAGACUCGUUGGAUAGAGCCGAACGCCUUGUGGCUAUGAAGAACUUGGAGAUUCCAGCAAAGAAUGGUAAGAAUUUUAACAAUUCAGUUUUAUCCAUUUCUGAUAAUGCCAUUUCUUCAAAUCUUAAUAAUGUUGGGAUCUCUCUUGGUUCAAAUGAGAAUGACAUCUUUAGGUCUAUUUCUGAAAUUAAAAGCAGUGAGCUUGAUAAAAUUCAUGCAAACUAG